AUGGACCAGCCGGCCAGCAGCUGCAUGAGGAGCGCGCACCCUAGCAGCCCUAUCUGGGGAUGCAUGAGGAACCCCCAUUCGGGUGUCCCGGGCUCCAACCUGCAGUCACCCUACCAGCAGGCAUCUUUCUCUCUGCACCAGAAGCCCGAGUUCUUGGCCUACACGGAAUUCUCCGGUUCUUGCCUAGUGCCGCACGCCGCCGCGUACCCCCGCGAUGACAGACUCUAUCCGGACAGCCAGGGGGGCUACCAGAGACCCGACUGGCACGUCAACCCCUGCGAGGCGCGAGGCCGGGUCCCUGAAGCCUGCCCGCCGGUGGUUCCACCCUCUAACACGGGGGAGGGCGCGGGGCCCGAGCUGGACAAUGUCGGGGCCGAGCGGCUGCCGGGGGCCGUGCCCUCGUGCCCCGAGGGGGAAUAUUCGCCCCAGAGCGUGGCGUCGGCAGACUCUGACAAGAAGAGCGGAGGCAAGAGGAAGAGAGAUGCCACAGACACGCCGGAGUCGGUCUGCAAAGCGGACGCCAAUUGCAAGGCCCGAAAGGAGCGUACGGCCUUCACCAAAGAGCAGCUGAGGGAGUUGGAGGCCGAGUUCACCCACCACAACUACUUGACCAGGCUGCGCCGCUAUGAGAUCGCCGUUAACCUGGACCUCACAGAGAGACAGGUGAAAGUUUGGUUCCAAAACCGGCGGAUGAAAUGGAAGCGCGUGAAAGGCGGACAGUCGUCGUCGCCCAAUGACCUGGAGAACGACGACAUGGACUCAGCCGCCUCGCCCAGCUCUGACUGA